AUGGAGAACACGGCCUCGUACGCUGCAUACUACCACGGCCAGCGCAACCUCUCACCACACCCGUCCGACCCCUUCAACCCGCUCCCGACUUCGACGACCCCGACCGACACGCCUCCGCUUCCGACUGGAGCUGCGAGACCCUCGUACGGCUACAUACCACCGAGCUACUCGACCUAUGCGGACCAGCGGCAGUCCUACCUUGGUGCUGAGGAGGAAUACCCCUCGAGGUUGGGCGAGGCGGUGCAGGGUCCUCGGGGCCGACUGAGACGAGAGGAGGGCGGAUUUGCAGCCUUCUGGAGGACGUACAAGACCAGGAACCAGGUGCGAGACCUCUGGGCAGCCUGGCUCGCAUUCAUGUCGAUUAUUGCCUUGCAAGCCAUCGCGGUGCUCGUCAUGAUUGCGCUGGUGUACGGAACGAACACGGGCGACCUCUCGACGGCCGACCUCAUCGGCAACGACCCAAAGCUCGAGUCUGUCGCAACCUACCUCGGCCUUUUCAUCCUCGCCGUCCUCUUCGAAGCGGGUAUCACGCUCAACAGCUGCUCGCACAAGAACAUCAUGACACUCGCCGUCCUCUGCCUCUUCAACGGUGCCAUCCUCAUCUACUCCGCCGUCCUGCCACGACAGCUCGCCAACGCUUUGAGCGGCAGCAACGCCGACACGCCUCACGUCCAGCAUCUCACGCACAUCUACGCGGUCGUCAUUCCUGCCGUCGUUGGAGCAUGCACCGUCGCCAUGACACUGAUGCUCUGGCCACUCUACGCCGAGUUCGGCUGGGACACCUUCAAGCGUAUCGGCGCAGACCUCGCAAUCAGGCGCGCGUACCUGCGCUACCAGGUCUUCGUGUGCCUCCUCAAGUUUACCGCCUUCUUCGUCAUCGGCUUUGAGCUCCAAUUUCUCAUCCUUGUCACCGGAACACCAACUGUGGAAUUCGUCUUGACGAUUGUCGCCCUGCCCGUCACGAUUCUCGCUCUGCUCGCCUUUGCGGCUGUCGUGCGAAUUGAGAAUCGCCCGGGCAUCUACGCAUCAUUCGUCGUGAUUGCUGCUGGAAUCGCCUACUUCAUCUACAAGCUCCAGCGCAUCUACGGCGCGACGAGCGGGCGAUACUCGACCGCGACAGCGACUUUGACCAUCUUCUCGGUCGUCUGCAUCGUCCUCCUCGUCGCGACGUUCGUCAUGAUGGGCCUGUGCAUGCGCAACUUUGGCAAGGGAUUGAAGGAGCGGAUUCCCGGCUACCACCUCCCCUUCCUCUCGCGCUCUCGUCAGCCCGAAUCAGGCCGCCCGCUUGCCUCUCAGUCGAGCCCUCAACCGCCGCCUCUCGCAGCAUUCGAGAAGCCAGACUCGCGACGACCGGGGAUGCCGUCCGGCCAGUCGACGAGCAAGUACGGCGGCGAGACGGAUCGCAUGUCCAUUGACUGA